AUGGUGACGUCUAUAGAUUUGAGUCCAGCAACAUCCAAAGACAGUAGUACUUCAAGGGAACUUCAAAGGUACCCCAAGAACUUCAAAGGAACCUCAAAGGAACCCCAAGAACUUCAAAGGAACCUCAAAGGAACCCCAAGAACUUCAAAGGAACCUCAAAGGAACCCCAAGAACUUCAAAGGAACCUCAAAGGAACCCCAAGAACUUCAAAGGAACCUCAAAGGAACCCCAAGAACUUCAAAGGAACCUCAAAGGAACCUCAAAGGAACCCCAAGAACUUCAAAGGAACCUCAAAGGAACCCCAAGAACUUCAAAGGAACCUCAAAGGGACCCCAAGAACUUCAAAGGAACCUCAAAGGGACCCAAGAACUUCAAAGAAACCUCAAAGGGACCCAAGAACUUCAAAGAAACCUCAAAGGGACCCAAGAACUUCAAAGGAACCUCAAAGGUACCCCAAGAACUUCAAAGGAACCUCAAAGGAACCUCAAAGGAACCUCAAAGGAACCCCAAGAACUUCAAAGGAACCUCAAAGGGACCCAAGAACUUCAAAGAAACCUCAAAGGGACCCAAGAACUUCAAAGGAACCUCAAAGGUACCCCAAGAACUUCAAAGGAACCUCAAAGGGACCCAAGAACUUCAAAGGAACCUCAAAGGUACCCCAAGAACUUCAAAGGAACCUCAAAGGUACCCCAAGAACUUCAAAGGAACCUCAAAGGUACCCCAAGAACUUCAAAGGAACCUCAAAGGAACCCCAAGAACUUCAAAGGAACCUCAAAGGUACCCCAAGAACUUCAAAGGAACCUCAAAGGUACCCCAAGAACCUCUUGGGGUUACCAUGAGGUUCUGUUCCAUGCCAGGUUACCAAUGGUAUUUUAUACCAAUACCAUUAUUUUUAUCCUACAAUCCUACACGUACAUCCUGUCUGUGUAUGUGUGUAUGCUCACGUAG